CAAACACACAAAAGGAGAGGUGUUGCUGGUUGCUGGCUGGAGGAGGAAGCAGACGGGCCUUGCUUGCUUGCUUGUUGCGAGUGUCCUUUCUGCACCACUGUUGGUGUGCGUGCCAUCACGGAAGAAGCAUAGGGGCAAGUGCUGCUGUACGUCCGUCUUUGGAAUACACAAGCAUUGUCCGUUGCAGCAGCCAUGCCAAAGAAGCGCUACAUCCCAGACUUCUUGCUCGUCGGCGAGUUUUGCGAGGUCGUCGGUCCCACUGCCGUGCUCACGCUCCCGGCAGUCAAGCAUGAUUUCUUGAAUGAGCUCGUCCUGACGGUCCUCACAUCGGACCUUCAAGUUGGAGCAUCCACGCACGCGGGUCACUUUGAGUUGGCACAAGACGCUCAAUCCAUCAUGGACUUUCCAAAGGCCAAUCUGCACGUUCUGUCCAACUUUGUGACGCUGUGCGAUAUCAAGGCACGCGGGUAUUCGCGAACCUAUUGCUUCUGCUACGUGACGCAGGAUCAGCACAAGCUCACGCAACACAGUCAAGCCAUCAUCCAGGAACUUGAUGUGGUGUGCAAGCUGCUGCACUAUGCGAACAUGGAGAUAUUUCGUUCCGAUCUCGAGAGCACGCUCAGACAGCUGCAGCUCAACAAAGGCUUCCUGUCCAAUCUUCCCAGUGGAGAGGACACCGAGCAACGGCUGAAGGAGACGGAGUUUCGGCUGCAGCGCUAUGCACAGAUCCUGCAGACAGCAAAGGCGUUUAUCAGGAAGGAGCGAACGAAUGUUCGCACGUAUCUGGAUCACUUGGAAGGGCGUGGAGCAAGCAACGUGCGGUCCCGCACACACACAUUCAACACGUCCCAGAGCACGCCCAGGAAAGAGCGAGGGCUGUCGUUCUCUGGGAGCGACGCCCCACUGCUCCACUCGUCAAGCUCAAUGGAGAGCGAAGAGACGACGACUGCGACGUCGCCGCUGCGCCCGCUGCGCGCUCUGGUUGAGCCGUACUACCACGUGGUGCACUCGCGACUGCAGAAGCUGCUCGAGUACUACCGCCGCCGCUGCACGGUGCUCGCCAUGUCUGCCCAGGAGGCCGAGCUCUUGGAUCCGCCCUGCACCCUCCUCACCAUCGGCAGAUGCGUCGUCCUCAACUUCUUCGAGGAACCAUCACACGAGCAGCAGCACGGCGUGACGCAUGCACCAAUGUCGCUUUACAGCACACCACUGCUGUCCUCCCCCGCUCGCCGUCGCCGCCCACUCGACGGACCCACCUUCCAUUUCGACACCUCGAGUCAAUCAUUUCUCCUCCAACCAUCAGGCUCCCCCGGUGACGGCACGGACAGCUCCUACUUUGAUCCGUCGUACUCAUUCUUCGAAUCUCCGUCCAGCCCGCGGCACACGCACGACGUGCUGUCGUUCUACUCUGCACGGGAGACGUUUUCGGACAUGGAUGAGCGGGUGUUGGACGGUCCAAUCAUCGAGGAUGAGGAGUCGAUGCACAGCGCCAAGGACCAUUGGAGCUUUGACAGCGCGGACCAGGUGUCCUUUCGCGGCGGACAAAUUCUCCGGCAGUUGUCCGGUGGCGCCAACUUGCUCGACAUCAGCGAUGUUCCGUCAGACCCAGACCUGUCGUUUGAGGCGACGCCACACGUGCGCACCCCAACAGACCGAGACGCGUUCACAGCGCACACCGAAGACACACAGGAGGCGAACGCGGAGAGCAUACGCGCACUGGUAGCCAACCACAGCGGCGGCGGUGAUGGCGGCGAUGAUGGUGGCAGUGAACGGGGUGGUGCUGUUGAGAAUGACGUUCGUGGGGACACACCGAGUGGUGUCGAUACUGAUGGUGGUGGUGGUAUGGAUGGACGUGCUGAAGGUGCCGAUGGCGGUGACGACAGUGGUGGUGAUGGCGUGCGCACACACGAGCGACACAACAGCGAUACAUCCACGCUGGUGGGCGGCGUGGAGGACGACCUGCACCAUCCCCAUCUCGUCAGCGGGGAGCACUCGGACGUGGAAGAGGGAGGCGGUGAUGGCUCGGUGGCGGUGCACCAGGGCCAACAGCCAGCAAAGAAAAAAGACCACGACCAAGGGGCAAAAGAAGAAGAAGAAGAAGAAGAAGAAGAACAACAACAACAACAACAACAACAACAACAACAACAACAACAACAACAACAACAACAACAACAACAACAACAACAACAACAACAACAACAGCCAUCAUCAGGCCGUCUGCAGCGUGCGCGACCGCGUCAGCUUGUCCUCGGCUCCGUCGCCGCCUCCGAAGUUGCAUCCGUGUUCUCAUCACCACAGCGCGGCCAGCGUACCACCAACGCAGACGUGAGCGUCGCCAUGAGCAUCCCUGUCACGUACCGUCAGGACGGCUGGUCCACGCCAACGAGCACACGGCAGUUUUCCUUCCAGUCCUCGGCAGAUCACACAUCCUACCAGUCGCGCUCAAAGCCAGGUGCCGGGAUUGUGCAGUUUAUGCAGCGCUUCUCCUUUGCGCGCCACGUCGUCUUCGCCCUCCUCACCGGAAGAUGUGUCGUCGUCAUGGGAUCGCCUGGACGCGAGGAGGAGAUUCGAGGAAUUGUUCGCACCCUCUGGUUCUUUGUCGUCGGCCACUCGUCCUGGAACAAGGUGGUGCCGUGGCGAGCAUCGUCGACGCUGACACUCACGGACCUGAGCACCGUGAAGCUGAUUGGGAUGCCGCGCUCGUGUGUUGUGCAGAUGCACCGGCCCCUCCUCAACUUCAUCUCCAUCCUCGACUUGGACGAGGACGUGUUCACGGGUCUCACAUACACUGGCGACGCCCUCGAUCUUCCAUUCUCCAUCCCGCUCAAGCCGCGCCUUGAGUCCACGCUACUGUCCUGUUUUCACAAGGUCUAUCUUGACCUCGCGUGGAAGGCGUACUUCUACUACCACCGCCUCUGUGUCCGCACGCACCAGACGCAAUAUAGACCGCAAGUCAGCACGCAGGCGGCAACGCCGUGGUUCGAUAUCAUCACGCAGCGAAAGACGAUGGACAAGCUCAACGUCGUUGGGAAUGAUGCGGACAUUGUGAAGUACUUUGCAGAGGUGGUGAAGCGACAGCAGAUGGCACACGACACCAUGGGUUUCGGUGACGGCUCAUCAUCCCACCCGCCCACAGUUCAGCUCAACUUUAAACCGGCGAAGCGGCAUGAGAACACAGCAUCUGCAGCGAAGUAGCAGCAGCAACAACGCCUCUGUUGCCCUUUUCUAGUCGGUCUGCUUUUUCCUCUGUAAACGCCUUCUAUGCCCACCUGUUUCGUCUCUCUCUUGCUAUCUCUCUCUCUUUUUUUUUUUCUCUCUGUCUCUGUCUCUCUCUUGCUGUAUUCGCUGCCGUGCUGCAAUGCAUGUGUGAUGGCUUUGUUUAUUGUUGUUCAUAACCGAUGAUGAUACGCGUGCCAAGGAAAGCGCUCUGUAAACACACACACACACACA